UAUUAUAUGUUCUGUGGAUAUAGCACAAGGUACUUUUUUACCGGUGCUUGUAUUGUUGUUAUUUUGAAUUAUUUUGCUGUGUAAGUUCAUAUUGUUGUGAUUUUACAGGACGAUCAAAAUAGCAAAGUUUUCUGUAAUCAUAAUGCCCCUUUUCCAUUAUCUAAUUUUGGCUCUGAAUAUUAUAAGUAUAAAUUGUUGCAAUGAAAAUGGUUUUAUAGUAUACUGUCCCUGUAUGGGCAGGUUUGGUAAUCAGGCAGAUAAUUUUUUAGGAGCAUUAGCUUUCAGUAAAGGUUUAAAUAGAACAUUGGUAUUACCUCCAUGGGUAGAAUACAGGUUUGGUGAACCUAAAUCCAUACAAGUACCUUUUGACACAUAUUUCAAGGUUGAAACUUUAGCAACAUAUCAUAAUGUUAUUACCAUGGAGAAGUUUAUGGAAGAAAUGGCACCCGUUGUUUGGCCUGUCACAAAACGAAUCUCAUUUUGUUACACUCAAAGAAUGGGUGAACAAGAAAAAAGUUGCAAUGCUAAAUCGGGUAAUCCUUUUGGUCCAUUUUGGGACACAUUUAAUAUAGAUUUUUCCUACUCUGAAUUUUAUGGACCUUUGAAUUAUGACGUGCAUAACAAAGCAAUGCCAGAAAAGUGGAAGCAAAAGUAUCCUCCAUCUCAAUGGCCUGUUCUAGCUUUUACUGGUGCACCUGCAAGUUUCCCAGUUCAAAAAGAAAACGUACAUUUACAAAAGUACCUUUCCUGGAGUGAUGACAUAUCUAAUAAGUCAAAACAAUUUAUAAAGAAGAAUAUGAGUGGAGGUGGUUUCUUGGGUUUACAUUUAAGAAAUGGACAAGAUUGGGUUAAGGCUUGUAAACAUGUCCAGGACAGCACCAUGUUAUUUGCCGCACCUCAGUGUGUGGGAUACAAAAAUGAAAGGGGACCACUAACAUUAUCUAUGUGUCUACCGAAUCCCGAUGACAUUAUCAACAUGGCUCAACACUCAACAGUGAUGAAACCUAUGUCACGCGAAGCCCUUGAGCAGUCAAGUUUGAGUCUUACCUACUACGUUAGCGAGCCUUUGCCAAGCAAAAAAAAAACAUUGCGCUCAGCCCUUUUUUUGAGCCGAGACCCAAGAAAUUUAGAUUUCUGGACAAAUUAUUUUGUGUGUUAUUCACGAAAAUGUGAAAUGACUCUCAAUAACUGUACAAGAAGAAUAUUGAAAAACAAGUGAAGAGGGCUCUUAAAAAACGAGAAAACAUAAAGUACAUCUUCGUGGCUUCAGAUUCUAAUCAUAUGAUAAAUGAUUUCAACAAAGGACUGCAGCAUGUUGAAGUGUCAGUUGUGAGAUUACAGCCGUCGAAUCCACACUUGGACUUGGCAAUUCUUGGUCAAGCAAAUUAUUUUAUUGGCAACUGUGUAUCUUCGUAUUCAGCGUUUGUCAA